AUGUCAGGUGCUGGUAAUCGUGAACAAGUGUUUCCUACUCCUUUAACCAAAAGAUUUAGAGAUAUCACACAAAGAAUUGAUAAAGCUAAACGGAAGAUGGGUAGAGUUAUUAAAACAUUUUCAUUAGCAGAAAUUCAAUAUGCUACUGGUGAUAAUAUUGGUUAUCAAGUUCAAGAAUCAGUUCAAAAAGCAAGAUUUUCAAGUUAA